GAAGGAGGGGAGAAGUCAGCAAGAAGGGGGGCGAACCCCCUCACCCCACCCCGCUGCCUUUUUGGUCUUCGAGAAAAGGAGGCGAAACAAGGAGGAAAACGCCCCUCAAGGUUAAGGCGACUAAGCGUCCAACUUCAGCACCACGGCCAGCGACGUCGGCGUUGCAGAUGAGAGAGUGCGGACGCCUCCUCCUUUCCCCCCUCGUUCGCCACUCCUGCGUGGACCUCAGUGCGAGGGGUGGGGGCUGGAGGGAUGCUCCUUUUGCUUUUGGUUUGAAACUAGAGGAGUGAGAGAGAGUUGGGGAGGGGGCUUUCCCAGCCGGCGAAGGCUGCACGGAGGAGGAGGAGCCGGAGAAGGCUCAGAAGCCGAAGGAGGGGAGAGGAGGGGAGGAUUUUCCCAUCAGCUCUCACUCCCCGCCCCCCGCCCGCUCUCUCUAGGCUGCUGGUGAUGCUGCUGCUAGUCGUGGCGGUGGCAGUGUUUCCUCCUGCUGGCGACUGAUGGAUGUAGGAGGAGAGAGCCUCUGAGGCAGCUCCUCUGCGGCGGGAGUGUCUCUGAGUCGCGCUGCCUCUGCCUCGCGGAAGCUGGCUGCCCGCUUCGUUCGCUGGCUACCUCUGCCCGUGCGCUCCGGGGGUGCAUGUAGCGACAGAGCCGAGCAGGGAGGCGAGAAGCCGCUCUCGGCGGCAGCAGCCCGCCGCUGUGCGCCAGGAAGGGCUCAGCUGCAGUGCUUCCCGCCCCAGCAGCCAGAGACGCUGCUUUGCGCGCUCCCGCUGAUACCCCUCGCCAGCCCCCGGGGUGGCAUUAGCACCCUCCGCUUCAUCAGACUGCGUGGGUUGGCUGUCCCGUAGGGGAAGUAGAUCGAGGAGGAAUCCGCCAAAGUCUUGGGACUUUGCUUGGGAGGAGAGAGAGCGAGAGCGCUUGUUUCUUAUUCCCAAGGUGAAGAAGAUCUCCCCUCUUCUCCCACCGCAAGAAGGCAAAGAGAGGAAGGGUCCGGCAGCGACUCUGCACCUGGCGCCGUGGACUAACGGGGAGUCUGGAAGUACAGGAUGGUUGUGGUUCUCCGAGCCGGCUGCAGGGCAGCUCUCUUCCUGUGGAUUUUCAGCAACAUCAGCUGCAGAGCCCGGACAGCUCUCCCGUCCUCCCAAAAAUGUGAUGAGCCAUUGGUCUCAGGCCUAGCACCUUCCUCCUUCAGCAGUUCAUCAUCCUUGCCGUCUAUAUCAAAUGGCUACGCGCCAGGGUUUGCAAAGCUCAACAAAAGAGGGGGAGCUGGAGGCUGGUGUCCAUCAGUCAGUGACCAUUACCAGUGGCUGCAAGUGGACUUUGGCAGCAGGAAACAGAUCAGCUGUAUUGCAACUCAAGGCAGAUACAGCAGCUCUGAUUGGGUAACACAGUACCGGAUGCUUUAUAGUGAUACAGGGAGAAAUUGGAAGCCAUAUCAUCAAGAUGGAAAUGUUUGGGCAUUUCCUGGAAAUAUAAAUUCUGACACUGUGGUACGGCAUGAUUUACAGCAUCCAGUUAUCGCUCGUUAUGUGCGGAUAGUUCCUCUGGACUGGAGUGGAGAGGGUCAAAUUGGGCUAAGGAUUGAGAUCUUUGGCUGUCCUUACUGGGCCGAUGUUAUCAAUUUUGAUGGCCUUGUUGUAUUACCGUACAGAUUUGGACACAAGAAGAAAACACUCAAAACACUGAAAGAUGUCAUUGCUCUAAAAUUUAAAACCUCUGAAAGCGAAGGUGUAAUCUUCCAUGGAGAAGGCCAGCAAGGAGACUAUAUCACUCUGGAACUGAAAAGAGCCAAGUUGGUCCUUAAUUUAAAUUUAGGUAGCAACCAAUAUGGCUCAAUAUAUGGCCACACAUCUGUGACAACAGGCAGCCUCUUGGAUGACCACCACUGGCAUUCUGUAGUAAUAGAGCGCCAUGGAAGAAACAUCAACCUCACACUUGAUAGACACAUGCAGCAUUUCCGGAUCAAUGGGGAAUUUGAUUAUUUGGACCUGGACUAUGAGAUAACAUUUGGUGGCAUGCCUGUUUCUGGGAAGCCAAGUUCAAACAGCAGAAAGAAUUUCAAGGGCUGCAUGGAAAGCAUAAUCUACAACACCAACAAUAUCACGGACAUGGCCAGGAGGAAGAAAUUAGAGCCUUCUAGUGUGGUAAAUUUAAGUUUUUCAUGUGUGGAGCCCCAUAUGGUGCCUGUCUUUUUCAAUGCUACCAGUUUUCUGGAAGUACCCGGUCGCCCAAAUCAGGAUGUAUUUUCAGUCAGCUUUCAGUUUCGAACUUGGAAUCCAAAUGGACUUCUGCUGUUCAGCAGCUUUGCUGAAGGACUGGGAACAGUAGAGAUUGACCUGAUUGAAGGCAAAGUCAGCGUCCACAUUAAUGUCACUGCAGUAAAGAAGAAUCAAAUCGACAUUUCUUCAGGUGCUGGACUCAAUGAUGGGCAGUGGCACGAGGUUCGAUUCUUAGCAAAAGAAAAUUUUGCAGUGCUCACCAUUGAUGGAGAUGAAGCCUCGUCUGUUCGAAGUAACAGUCCUUUGAAAGUUUUAAGUGGAGAGAAAUACGUCUUUGGAGGUUUUCUCCAGUUCUCAUUCCAAGGCUGUAUGCAGCUUAUUCACGUGGAUGAUCAGCUGGUGGAUUUGCAUGCAGUGGAGCAAGGAAAGCUGGGAAGCUUUGCCAAUGUCAGCAUUGAUAUGUGCGCCAUUAUUGAUCGAUGUGUGCCCAAUCACUGUGAGCAUGGAGGCAAAUGCACCCAAACAUGGGAUAGCUUCAAUUGCACCUGUGAUGGAACUGGAUACAGUGGAGCCACAUGCCAUAACUCAAUUUAUGAACUCUCCUGUGAAGCAUAUAAACACUUGGGCAAAGCAACGGGUUCCUAUUGGAUUGAUCCAGAUGGCAGUGGUGCAUUGGGACCUUUGAAAGUUUACUGCAAUAUGACAGAGGACAAAGUAUGGACUACCGUGAGUCAUGACUUGCAGGAGGAAUUUCGAGUAGUGAGCAACAGACCAGAGAAGCACGCUUUGCUACAGCUUAAUUAUAGUGCCACCAUGGAUCAGAUCUCAGCCAUCACCAGCAGCGCUGAGUAUUGUGAGCAGUUUGUCUCCUACUCCUGUAAACAGUCAAGACUGCUGAACACCCCAGAAGGUAAUCCGUAUAGCUGGUGGGUUGGAAAAGCCAAUGAGAAGCACUACUACUGGGGUGGCUCUGGACCAGGCAUUCAGAAAUGUGCUUGUGGGAUUGAACGCAACUGCACUGAUCCCAAGUAUUACUGCAACUGUGAUGCUGAUCCUAAACAUUGGAGCAGAGAUGCUGGGCUCCUGUCUUACAAAGACCACCUACCUGUCAUCCAAGUUAUGGUGGGAGACAUUUCUCGGCCUGGCUCUGAUGCUAAGUUAACUGUGGGCCCUCUGAGAUGCCAUGGAGACCAUAAUUAUUGGAAUGCAGCAUCAUUCAUUACUCCGACUUCAUAUCUCCACUUCUCCACUUUCCAAGGGGAAACCAGCGCUGACAUUUCUUUCUACUUCAAAACGUCAGCCCCUGAUGGAGUGUUUCUUGAGAAUCUGGGGAACACAGACUUCAUCAAACUUGAGCUGAAAUCGGCAACAGAUGUGUCCUUUUCAUUUGACGUUGGAAAUGGUCCAGUCGAGAUAAUUGUGAGGUCACCGACCCCACUCAGUGAUGACCAGUGGCAUCGAGUCAUGGCUGAGCGGAAUGUCAAACAGGCCAGCUUGCAGGUGGAUCAGCUCCCAAAAGAAAUCAGGAAGGCACCCACAGAAGGCCACACCCGACUAGAGCUAUAUAGCCAACUAUACGUUGGUGCCGCAGGUGGACAGAAAGGAUUUCUGGGCUGCAUUCGCUCUCUAAGAAUGAAUGGGUUGACACUGGAUCUAGAGGAGAGAGCAAAGGUCACACUAGGUGUGAAACCUGGUUGCUCAGGCCAUUGCACAAGCUAUGGGAUGUACUGUAAGAAUGGUGGGAAAUGUGUUGAAAAAUACAAUGGCUACUCCUGUGACUGCUCCAAAACAGCGUAUGAUGGUCCAUACUGCAAAAAAGAUGUCGGAGCGUUUUUUGAAGAAGGGAUGUGGCUCCGGUAUAACUUUUCAUCUGCAGGGAUCAACAUAAAGGACUCCAGUAGCAGAACACUCCUAAGUUCAAAAGAACCUGAGAACACUGUGUCAGACCUGAGCCUGAAUAAAGAAGAGCUCAGUUUUAGCUUCAGCACGAGCAAAGCCCCCUGCAUUCUUCUGUACAUCAGUUCUUACUCCCAGGACUACAUGGCAGUGCUUGUAAAUCCCUCUGGAAACUUACAGAUUCGCUACAGCCUUGGAGGCACCAAAGAGCCAUAUAACAUCAAUGUAGAUCACAGGAAUGUAUCAAAUGGACAACCACACAGCAUUAACAUCACACGGAAAGGGAAGGAUAUCGUUCUUCAGCUGGACCACUACCCCCCAGCAACCUACAGCCUGCCAGGAACUUCAGGCAGUUCACCAACAUUCAGCUCGCUAAAGUCACUCUUCCUAGGAAAAGUAAUAGAACUUGGGAAGAUUGAUCAAGAGAUUCAUAAAUACAAUACACCAGGAUUCUCUGGCUGCUUGUCCAGAGUACAGUUCAACCAGAUUGCCCCACUCAAGGCAGCCUUGAGACCAACCAACAUCUCCUCUCGCAUCUACACAGAAGGGGAACUUGUGGAAUCCAACUGCGGAGCAAAUCCACAAACCAUUCAACCAAUGUCUUCAGCUACAGACCCUUGGCAUUCCGACUCAGGUGCCAAUCUCCCAUACGAUGGUCAAGUGAUUGCAGGUGGCGUUAACAGGAAUUCAGCAAUUAUUGGAGGUAUCAUUGCUGUUGUGAUCUUCACUAUCCUCUUGACGCUGGUAUUCCUCAUUCGCUACAUGUUCCGUCACAAGGGAACCUACCACACCAAUGAAGCCAAAGGGGCAGAAUCUGCUGAGAGUGCUGAUGCGGCCAUCAUGAACAAUGACCCCAACUUUACGGAAACCAUUGAUGAGAGCAAAAAAGAGUGGCUUAUUUAAAACGGGUGGCGGGGGGAGCAGAAGGCUUGGGAAGAGGGAUUGGGGUGGGUUUGGGGAAGACUUUUUCAGCAAGAAGAGAGCUCUCUUACAGACUCUUGAGCACAUCUAGUUUAACAAAAACUGAGAUCAGCACAACUGGAGGAGCAAGGGACAGACUCUGAAACUGGAAAUAUGACAACAUUUCAGAAAAGUACUUUUUAAUAUUGAUUUACAGUGAAUCUCCCCUUCUUAUAUCCAUCUAACGGAAAGCAGCAUUUAAGAGGUUCAGCAUUGGUUCAUGCUUGUCAAUAAACACCUGUCGUCUUGUGUGUGGCUAGCAGUGUUCAAAAAUACCUGUGAUAACAAGGGCCACGUUUCUAUUUUUUUAAAGCCCUUUAAAAUGUAAAUAUUUCUCUCCAGACAACAGCAAAUCAAUCUCUGAAGCCUGGGACUGUUCUUGUCUAGCAUUCGUGCGUAGAUAGUUUCAUAGAAAGGAUACUGUAAUAGCUGGGUCUUGCUCACACAAUGUUUCAGCUAUUGUUUUAAUGUGUUUCAUAUGGGCAUACCUACACUACAGACUUGGCAUGAUUUAUCAGUCAUUUCAACAGAGAAUUCUGGGAACUGCUGAGUUUGAGACAGUGAGAAGAAGGCUAGAAUGUAAGGGUCCCUUCUGAUAUUAUCUUUAGUGGUAUGGGAGCUGCUGCAGGAUGCCUUGGUCACAUGAGGCCAUCUGGUAGGAACCCAUAUUGCAGCUCCUCCCCACACCAGCACUGCUACACCCUCUAGGGCUGGCAGUACUGACACUAGAAGGUUCAUUCUAUGUUAUCUCAGACUUCCAACAAUACAGAGCGGUACAGAAAGGAGUCACGCUUCAGUGGCUCCCACACCACUAAAGAUAAUGUUGGAAGAGCUCUAACAUAGACUUCUCAGUAUCCUCAGCAAGGCACAAUUCCCAGGAUUGUUUUUCAAAGGACCCUGGAGAAAAAUAAUAGUUAAACUGGUUUAAAAGUUAUAUAAGUUUGUUCUGUAGACCUGCUCUUUGAGAAAAAGAAAACUAGGGUGUUGGGUACACUUGCUGGCAGGAGGGCACCACAUUUUGCCUGUUUUCAAUCUUCCAUCAAUCUUCCAUCAAGUGUGCCAACACUUCAAGAUCUAUGUCUGAUGAGGGCACCUGAUAACAACUGUGUACAGUACUUAAUCAAUAAUGUUAAAAUACCCUUAUCAUUGUUAUCAGUGUCAGAGCAAAACAUUAUAAAGCACAGGAAGCCUUAUUUAUUUUCUUGCCCAAUUCUGAAGGAAGAACAUUCCAUUUAACUCUGUUACGACUCUGCCGAUCUGAGGUAAUCAUACCACAGCUGUUCUACCUGUGACAUAUUGGCGUAUGCUGUACGUAUGUAGACAUAAGCAUCGUAGUAGGGAAUUAGAACCAGAUUUUACAAGUUUGUUUGCUUCUGUUUGUAUCUAGGCUGUUACAGAAAUAUUACUACAGUGUUAGCAAAUACAUUUGAUCCGGGAGAUUUCAUGCAAUAUAUUUAUCUGCUAGUGGCAUACCAUUCUUCUUUAAAUCUCCCUCUGAAACCCUGUUGUGCAGGAUAUUGUGAAGCAGUUUCCUCUUGAGUUGAAAGGCAGAAAUGAAGGGACUGAAUAAUCCUGUGCAUAGUGAAACCUGCAGAAUUGCAGUCCCAGAGCAUUAUUUCUCUUUAAUGCACAGUUCCCCCCAGUCUAUCUCAUAAUCUAUUUUAGGGCACUUUGAGGGCAGAUAAGGCAAUAACUAAUGCUUCAGGGAUAUGGAUCAUAUCACAAAAGUAGAGAGAGCUGGGGCUAAUCCACUUGUGUUUCUCUAGCAAGCCAUGGUUGUGUGAAAGGGCUGCUUCAGAGCAAAUCUCAUGGCUUGAGCUUUCUUAUAUGAAUGCAGUAUUUACCAAUGGAAAUGUGUUCAUCAAAUUAUGAUGGAGGCCAUUUUUACACUAUAUGCUUACAUUGGUUUCAAACUGGAUUAACUCUCAAAACGUCCCAAAGAACUUUGGGAGUCAUCAGAGUGGGUUCUUCAAUGGCUCUUGCCCUUUCACAGAACUGCAGCUUCCAGAGUCCCCUGGCUGAGAUCUCUGACAGUUAAACAGGUAUGAAAUUGGUUCAAGUUUUUGUAUUGUAUACAAGCCCAAUAUUCCUUGAUCACUACCACCAUCGAUUCACCUUGCAAAUUGGCCUUUCCUUUCCAGUAAAGACAGGAUCACCCACAAUCUUGUUUGAUGGCAGACAAUUUUUAAAAAGUAAAAUCCCAUUGCUAAUGAGAUUCUCCACUGACAAAGUCUUAUGGAAAGUUGUGUAGCACAAACUAAUGAAGAUAUGAUUGUAUGGUCUCUUGCUUAUCAUGUAUUUUUAAAAAAUUAAUGAUUUCUUGUGAAAAGGUUUUAUGCCUAUGAUGGCUGUGGAUCCAUGUAAUCCAUCUGCUCACAAUUUUGGUAUGCACAGCUUUGAAACAUUUCUAUAUCCUUCUAAGAACUGGAAAUCCAAAAUAACAUCAAUGUACUAAAGAUGCUAUUCUAUUUUAGUUGAGUCCUCACUUAUUUUUCUGGGGAAUGGAGGGGAGUGCAAUAGUUUAUAUACUGCAAAAACCCUGCAAAUCUGGAAAGAGAACUUCAUUGACAAAUCAUCUAUAGUGUUCUCGUGUGUGUAGGUGAAUGUAUCGGUUUGCUUUCUUCUCUCAAAUAGUUUUCCUGGUAUUUGCUGAGAGAUACAGCAUCAGAAAGUUGAGGGAGUGGAAGGAAAUAGACUAUAAGCUAUUCACACAAGCAGCCUAGCCCAGGCUUGGGCAGUUCAGCCUUGGGUUUGAGCCUGAUCCUGGCGCUGCCCUCCUGCCCAACCCAAUUGCUACCCCAGCCUUUAGUCAGGGUUAAAGGUGUGAGUGCGCCCUUAACUCUGGUGCCGGGGUUGUGUGUAUGCUUAGGCUGCAUGCAACCCGAGCAUACAACAAGCCGGACAGCAAGAGCACCUGGCUGAGGGAGGAUCCCUCAAUGCCCCAGGCUCCUCGCUCUGCUUGCUUGGGGAGAGUGUUGAUUGUGUGCAGGGAGGAGCCUGCCUCUUCACCAGCCCCCCUGUCCACUCAGAUAAAAGGUCAUGUGCACAAUCUCUAUGGCUAGGAGGUCAGGGAGUCCACAAAUUUCCAUUCACCCUAGGAAUAGCACAGAAGAAUGUCACUGCUUUCCCCUGCUUUAGCAAGCCAUCUGUGUCUUUUGUCACAUCAGCAACCUGCUCUUUCCUUGCAUAGCCAUCUGCAUGCUUAGCAUAAUCAUCCAACAUAACUUGCACAAGGAAAGACUGCCUUGCUCAGCAAGCCUGAGAGCCAAGGGUUAAGAACUGAUGUAGAGAUACAAAAGUAAGCAACAGCCAGCACAUCUACAACACACCCACAUAUUUGGUGGACAUAUUGCUAAUAAAUGGACCUAACUGAUUUGCUUUCCCCAUUUCCCAAACCUGAUGAGAACUUUUCACCUGACCUUCAUUGCAACAGAGAUUUGUGUGUGUGCGUUGGCUUUUUAAUGAAGAGUUCUCCUUCCAUAGGAAGGCAGAACAUGUCAUAAACGUGCAUUAUGACAACUUUCUCAGUCUACAAAAUCACCUUCCUAAUCCAAAAAGCUCUUCUUUUAUUAAUUUUUGAAAUCUUAAUCCUUGUGAGAGCCACAUUAAUAAAAGUCCUUCUCCUGAAAUUGGAAGGGAGAAAGGAUGGGUUUAAUAAGAGUGUGAGUGUGAAUUUGCCUUAUUGGUUUCUUUUUAAAUUUAUCUUGAAGCUCUUUCAUAUGAUGAAAUGGCCAUUAUGGUGGCUGCUUUAAAUCCAACUGCAAGGGGGCUUUUCUAUGUGGACAUCAGUUUGCCUAGAAAUAUCAUGUGGAAACUUCAUAGUACAGCAGGUAUACAUUCAGACACUGUCUCUAUAGCCCUAUGUAAAAAAUAAAAGUGCAGUUCAUUUUGCGUGGGUGGGGUGUGGGGAGGAAAAGAUGAGUUAGGAACAUAGGAAGAUAGGAAGCUGCCAUAUACUGAGUCAGACCAUUGGUCUAUCUAGCUCAGUAUUGUCUUCACAGACUAGCAGCGGCUUCUCCAAGGUUGCAGGCAGGAAUCUCUCUCAGCCCUAUCUUGGAGAAGCCAGAGAGGGAACUUGAAACCUUAUGUUCUUCCCAGAGUGGCUUCAUCCCCUGAGGGGAAUAUCUUGCAGUGCUCACACAUCAAGUCUCCCAUUCAUAUGCAACCAGGGCAGACCCUGCUUAGCUAUGGGGACAAGUCAUGCUUGCUACCACAAGACCAGCUCUCCUCUCAUGAUAUCAUGAUUGUAGGCCCUUCACACUCCAUGCAGCCAAUGUCCAUAUAUUAAUUGAAACAUUUAUAUAGUAGCCUAUGGGGGUAGGCUCUAACCAGAAAAACAGGGUAUAUAGAUUAUAUAAUUUGAAGCUUCACAUGUCCCAAACCCAGAUAAACUAUGCUUGGAUACCAGGCCUUAAUGUGUAGCAUGGGCCCCCUUUCCCCUCCUCCUGUGACCCUAUUCAAUUUGGGGGGAAAUGGGAAAUUUGUGGGGGGGGGGUUAGCUUCUUCCAACUCCCUUUGCUUAAGCUUCCAGUUCUGGCUGCCUGAUUUGUAUCAAUAGCCAGCUAUGACCGUAUGGCAAGUAUGUGCAUUAAUUAUACAUGUGUGUGCUGACAGAUGCCUUUUAGUCACUAUUCCCUGUCCCUGGGAUUUACUGCCAAUUCUUCUAUGCACUCUGGAGACCAGAGGCCUAGCUCAUUUACUCAUCUCUGUUCUGGGGUCUGCAAAUCUGAUUGACACCUCUGGUUCCCACUAGCACUGGAAUCAAAGAUGUCCCUAAUUAUUAUGGUGUUUGUUCCUCCUUGCCACACUGUAUUCAGUUCCUCCUGCUUAUGCAAAGGAAAUACUAAAGGGGAUGAGCACCUUUCCCUCAACAAGGAGCUAGCUCACUCACUCCCUUAUUGGACUCUUAUGGUAACUUAAAAGAAAGAUACGUUUUAUAUAGUCAGAGUACAUUUCUGAGCAUCAGUGUAUAUGGGGAAUUGUUCCCCAUGGACUCACUUCCGUAUUUAUAUGAAGGAUGGGAGCAUUAAUGUGAAAUACACAGUUCUUCUUUGAGAAAUCCAACAUGUGGCACAAAGUUCAACUUCCUCGCAGUGUCUCCGAAUAUUUUGUUUUCUGGUGCCAGCUCUGAGCAGGCACGAUGGAAUUCUAGGACUUGUAGUUCUUGAGAAAGAAAGCAUCUCUAUCUCUUCUUCCUUCCUCUAGAGUAAAACCUGAAACAGCAAAUCACCAUAUAAAAUGUUACUGGUUCUGUUCUGCUUCUGAUUGUGAGAUUUUUCUCGAGUCAAUGUCUGAACACCCCACAUAACUAGGGAAAUGUUUGCAUGAUCAUCCUCACACAUGAGCUAGAUUUAGUUUUAUUUUAUUUUUUCCUUAAAAGUAAUAGGCUUGCCACCUAGUCCCCAGACUCUAGUAAUGUGUACCCUUUUUUACACACACACACACACACACACACACACACACACACACACACACACACAAACACACAAACACACAAAUGCAUGCAGGUUGAACACAUAAGUGAGGUGAGGCUUGCAUCUGUAAUCUCCCACCAUAUAUACAAAGGCAUAUAAAAGGGUGGGCAUUUUGUGUGUGUGUGUGUGUGUGUGAAUGUAUCCAUCCAAUACCUGGUGCUAGAUCCAGGCACCCAUUUUCAUGUCCCCAACAAGAGAUCAAUGCUUCAGCCAGCCAUCUGUUCAGCAGAGAGAUCAGGGUCAACAUUGCUCUCCAUGCAAUCAUUGCAUUUUCCCUUGAAUUUAUGAAACUGCUAUCAUCAGUUAACUAUGUGAUUAAUUAUCAUGGAUUAUUUCACCUUGUCUCAUACUGCGAGAGUCAGUGUGACAUAGUGGGCAGCAGUGUUCCCUCUAACAGGGAUUCCCAGAUGUUGUUGAUUACAACUCCUAGAAUGCUCAGCCAUAAUGGCUUUUGCUGGGGAUUCUGGAAGUUAUAGCCAACAACAUCUGGGAAUCCCUGUUAGAGGGAACACUGGUGGGCAGGCUAAAUGUUGGACUUAGACUGGGAAGAUAUGGGUUUCAAAUACUGAGAUACGACAGAGUAGAGUAUGGUUUGGCAUAUUGGUUUCUAGCUGUUAAUCUUGGUGAAAAUGAAUAAACAUGUGUUGAAUAUUAUUUUGCAAGAGGCUCCUCAGAGAAAGAUGCUAAAGCAAGCCAAACUGAACUUCAUUUCAUUCAAAAUUAUAGAUGGAUUUCCCCAGUGCUUUUGUAACGAGACAAUGGGGGAUGGCGUGGGGAGAAAGAAGGGGAUAAUCUGUAUCAACUUGCUGACUUCAGUUUUACUGACAAAUGUAUAGAUAUUUUUAUGGAGAUGUUUCUAAGUGGCCUUUACAUUGUCCUGUUCUAGCUUCUCAUUUUGCACAGUAAUUAAUCCCACAAUUAUUUAGAAGCUACAGAAUAGCUGUAGUUACAGGCUGCGAUGUUUAGGCAAUGGUCUGUUGCUAUUAGGGUUUGGGGAGAGGGGAUAGCUGGGUUUAUAAUAAACACAAUCUGCAUGGUCUGGAUUUGUUUUCUCUGAGUCUCAUUUUCCUUUUGAAUUAGUGCUACUUUGUCAGGAACCUAGUUUCAGGUGGAGUGAACCCUUUUGUACUGUGUCUGUGAAAUCUGUCUCUCAGACUGAUUGAAUUUCAGAGAAUAUUCAGAAAUCUGGUAUAUUAAAGUCCAGGGCAAUUUGCCACAAACUAGGGGUUCAGGGUAAAUUCACAUGACAUAGUCCUAUGGCAGUGAUUCCCAAACUUUUGAAACCUGAGGCACAGUUUGUUUUUCUCUAUUAAAAUGGGGUGCAUGCUUCAUUCAAAAGAUGCACUUUCUCAGCCAGAAUAAUUGGUGGCAUUCUCCUUGCCAUUACAUUAACAAGCCCAGUUAAUAUUGCCCACUGAUGAGCAAUCAAUGAUUUUUCUGGGUUCCCCAAAACCUGUCAGCUCUAGCACGGGUUGCAUCAGGGAAUCCCGGUAGAUCCUACCUUCUUCCUUUGGCUGACAUCUCAGUCUCUACACUGGCAGAGAGAGGGUUAGAUUGGUGCUGCACGGGGCUUCGCAGCUCUGCCCAGCAUAAAAUGGUGAUGCAUUCAACACGACUUAAUUUUUCAAGGCACACUUGAGCCACUCUUGUGGCACACUAUUUUGGCCUGUUGACACGGUUUGAGAAUCACUGUCCCUACAAGAUGGGAAAUGAUUGAAAGGUAAUUCAAUCAUUUAAUGACUGGGGAAAGGAGGUUUUUCUCACCAUUUGACAAAGUCUGAAAAUUCAGAGGCUGUGAAUCCCAUGGUUUUAGCAAUUUUCAACAAAAUAGGCACAAAGAAAAAGUCUUCUGUCCAUAUACUGAUGGGGAUGAUGACACUUUUAAGAGAUGAUACAAAAUGAAGUUCAGAGAACAGUUUGAGGGUGUGUGAUGUUAUCUUAACACUAGGCUGGCUUUAGCCUAGUCAGUGCCUAGAUGUGAGACUACCGGGGGGGCCCAUCUGAACUUCCAAAAGAGAUACUGCUCUUCAGUAUGUAUCUAAAUAUAGCAGCUGACAUGCUCUGCAAUGUUCUGUGAGUGGUUCCGCACUGUUUGCACUGCUGCAGGCGUCUAAAACAAUGCCCGCACUAUUGUGCAACAGCACCCUUGUGCUAAUACAGCAAAUUGCACAAUCUGGCUUGUGGAGCCCAUUACUUCCAAUCUGCAUCAUGCAGUUAGUGCAGAACUGCCCAUGGUGUGCCGAGUGGGCAUGACAGCCAAUGUAUAUUUGUGCAUCGUGGGAUCCCUGACAAAGGGAUGAAGACGACAUUUUGCAUUAUUAUUGUCCCAUUGCUACUCAACUUGUGGAAUGAUGUCAGAGAACUUCAUAAGGGGUGGUUCUUCCUGUGAAAUCAGAUGAGUGUCCUUGCUGGAUGAGGCACCUCAUGGGGCUGAGGUGGACAUGCCUAGAGAGGAAAGACAAUCACUCAGAAAGAUUCAUUCAGCAAUUGGAUGUCAAUACAGUCGGGAUGUGCACGGAACCAGUUCAGAGCUGGAGGCCCUUUAUGGACCUCUCAACCUGUUUGAAAGUCAGGUGGUUCAGACUGUUCAAAGGUGGGGGGGAUAACUUUAAGGACUGGGGAGGGUGCUCUUAAACCACCACCCCCGCCAUCACUUCCCCCCCACCAGCGCUGUCAUUGAAAUCAGUUCUGCAGGGCGGCAGCAUACCUCCUUGCCACCCUGGUACAUUGCGGGUCAGAAGUGGCCGCUGCGUGUGCACACAUCACAACAUGCGCACGAGUGAGCUCAAUGUGCUCAUGCAUGUCGCAACGUGCACACCUGCAGCGGACACUUCUGACUACUUCCAGUCCGCAACGUACUGGGGUGGGAAGGAGGUACGCUGCUGCCCCGCAGGACCAAUUUCAAAGACAGAUUUGGGGGGGGGAACGUGAUGGGGGGUAAGAGCACACACACCCAGUCUUUAAAGUUAUUUUCCCCCUCCCUUUGAACCUGUUCCGUGCACAUCCCUACUAUACAGUACCAAUCUCAGAACUGCAUUAAAGCAAAGAAAACUGAAAAAGUAUUAGGAAAUGGUUGAUGGAGACAACCAUUUCCUUUUUAAUCUUGUCUAGUUGUGUGUGGUUUGUCAUUGGUUUGGAUCCAUCUGAGUCAAUAAUCCCAUGAUUCUUUAGGUUAAUGGAGGACUAAACCACCCCUUUAUUUAAUUUGCUCAUUUAACUGGCAUGCAAGCUAAAUGAGAAAGUGGAACACCAUCACCUGUAGGGGAAAGUUGACCUUACCUCUUAAGUGUACGAAUUAAAGUUGUAUCAAAGGUGAUGUGCUUAAUGCAUUGUUUUUUGGUUGUUUUUUUUAAUUUAAGUUAAAGUUAGCACAUUUCUCCAUCAGGGAGAAAAAGUGUAUUCCAAACAAUGUUGAUGCCAUCUGCAAAACCAGAUCCAAGAAUACCAUGGAUCUGGGAUUCCUUUAUUCUAGACAUUUGGUCUACAGACAUUUGGUCUACAGACAUUGUUUGCUAUGUUAUGCUAUAAUAAACAUACCCACUGAAGUACACAAAAGUGAUUAAGAAAAAACACUGUUUCUUUAAGGAUAAUAAAUUGUUUGUAAAUUUAUAAAGAGCAUAAUCUGUAAGGCCUUAUCUGAAAUAUGUAACAGUACAUUAAAGGAGCCUUGCCAGA